GCAAAGCACAAUUCUUUAUUAACUAUUGAUUCUAUUUCUUUCUUGUUCAUUAAGAGAGAGGAGCGUGGAAGAAGAAGAAGAAGAAGAAGAAGAAGAAGAAGAAGAAGAAGACAACGAAGAGAAGAAGUAUAAGAAUUUAAUUCCGUUGGUCCAUUCUGUAUUUUGUUUUGUGAAUUAGGGCAAUUUCGUUUCAUUAGAAAAUGGCGUUGCAAUGGAUGCUUUUGGCUUAUACGGUGGCAGUGGAGGCUGCCAUCGCCCUUCUCCUUACUGUUCCUUCGCCUAAGUUGUUGAAGAAGCGCUUCGUUUCUUUGAUUUCACUCAUUUUACAACCUGCGCUCUUUGUUGUGCCCUUUUCCGGGUUUCAGAUUCUGGAUAUCUACUGGAAGAAUGAGCACCGGUUGAUGUGCACAUCUGAGAUCUGUACUGCUGCUGAGAGGGAUAGAUAUGAGAAAUCUAUCUAUAAAGCUCAGAGGAAUGUGAUUCUGUGCAUUGCUGCAUGCCUUCUCUACUGGUGCAUCUACCGCAUUUGCAAGUAUAACAAAGAGAUCGAAAGUUUGGAGGAAGUAGAAAAGAGAUACAAAGAACAGUAGGUUUCAGGAAAUAUGAAAGUCCUGUUACAUUUUGAAUGGUUUUUUUUCCGCCACGGCUGUGUUAUUCAUACUUGAAUCUUUGUUUGUACUCAAGUAUUGGAACUAUCAACGUUACUAGAACACUAAAACUUCGUUGAUUUAGCGACGUUCAAAUAUUAAGCUCCAUGAAAAAUGCACUCAAACCAUUACUAUUGUUGGAUAAGUGGGAAUAAAACAAUCUUAGGAAUGGACAUGAUUGCAAUGAUAUAGAAUGGUCUCGUGUGUUUUACGAAGGAAA